AUGGCCUCCCGCAGCGCGGGCACGCUGCUGACCGAGUUCAAUGCCGCCUACGUGCCUCCCGGCCUCAUGCCCGGGUACCAGGGCCAUGUUCCCAGUGUGGCCUUCUCCGUCGGCUCCCCCUACGGCACCGCCACCCUCAAGUACUUCCAGGACCAACGCAACGCAGCCCUGGAGAGGAGCUACACUCCCUUCAGCAAAGGCGGCCACCUCCCUACCCUCUUCUCCUCAAACCCCGACCUGGUGCUGAGUAAGCGCUCCCUCACCCGGGACCGCCGGCUGCACGUCCCCAGCUACACCCGCUUCAACCUGGACAGUGACCGCUCGGCCCAGAUCACUGGUUUCUACCAGAUGGCACAGGAACAUCGGAAGUACUAUCUAGACAAGACGGGCCUGGUGCCUCGGGUCCCCUACUUCGUGUUGCCUGUGAAGGAGCGGGAACGGUACCCCCUCCCCACUGACCUUCCUCCUCUGAGCCCAGAGAAGAAGUGGAACCUUUUAAGAGUAUCCCCUGAGAACCUGAAGACCUACCAGACAUUCCCUUCGGGGAAGAGGGUGUCCCCACAGGAGCGGCAGAAGAGAGACCGAUACUUUGAGUUCAGAGCAUGA